AUGCAUGACAUUUUUUUCAGUUCUGUCAAAAUGACGGCGAGUUACACCAUCAGUAUCGCAUUCCUUUUUAUGCUGAUUCAAAUAUUCACUGAAACACUCUCUCAACAAUGCAUCAAUGGUGGGUCAGAGGAAUCCAUCUUGGGUUGGAAGCUGCAAAACCACGUCUACAAGACGCUAAAGGCAAACUUUGGAUAUGAGUGCGUACUUAUUUGUCGUCAGGACAGCAGGUGCCAAAGUUUCAAUUGGGUGAUCUCUCUUAACAUGUGUGAGUUCAGCGACAGAACCAAAGAAGCCAGACCUGAGGAUUUUGUUCCCGAUCCAGACAGAUAUUACUACAGGCGAGACAGGAAUCGAGGUGAAGUUUAUGUUAGUUAAGAUCUCUCAGUAUUGAAAGAAGUUUUUAAGGGGGCCCAGUGCAAUUUUCGUGGCGACACACCUGGAGGCAUCGAAAUUUCAGUCAUCAUUUCCAGGAAAUAUUUACGUUAAUUUGUUACAAAAAUUGACAACUUAACUGAUCAAUAAUACACGACAAAAAAGGCUGUGCGUUUUAAGAAAGAGGUACUAUGUGUGCGCGAAACUUUCAUGUCCAGCCAGAAAAUAACUUGAAAAUGACAACAUUUUUGCGCGAUUGAGACCUCGUAAUAAGAAUUAAUUAUCGGCAUCCUUAUUAUUGGGUGUUUUUUUCAGUGUCGCGGAAACCAUUGUUGGUUCGCUUCUGUGGGUAGUGUCUAAUCAUUCUUUUGUAUAGUAUUACGUCAUUUUUAGUGCUUGCACCAAUCCGCAACACCAAGAAGCCACCUUAUUGGGCAGGUUAUUCUAAAAGAAAAAUUCGUGUGUUUACUUUUAGUCAUGCCGGGAAAAGCAUUAUUAAAACUUCUCCUCACUGUUUUGUAGUUUUCUAUUUCAUUAAAAAUCGGUGGCGCUGCUGCUGUCCUUCGAUAAGAUACUCCGGCCAGUCGUCUACUUCGUCUCUCACAUUAGGAUCAUUCAUGGUUUUUAUAGCGGAGCACUAUGCGUAAGAAAAAAUGGUAACCCAUAGAUGCGAGAAAUUUGGUAAACAACUGAAAACACAUCUGUCCACCCCCGACAUGUAAGCCGGGGUGAAGUUUUGCAUUCCAGCAUCCGCGCGUUUGGGCGGUAAAUCACAUGGCCACCCGGACUGUUAGAGAGAAAACAACAACAAACUUAAGCCUAAUCUUUUUUUUUUUUUUUUUUUUUUUCGACUAAAUCUUAAUUUAAUGUUUACACUGACGUGGAAAACAGAGAAAGAGCUAGAGCGAGAGCUAAAAAAACGAAGACGACGAAUUUCGUUGAAAGAACAACAUGAAAAUUAUGUAGUGGCGUUGAUAAAACGAGAAACGCUAGCGACCAGCAAGGUGAAAAUGAGCGGCAGUAAAGAAAAAAGAAAAUUACGAAGAAAAUUAUUUGUGAACACAUACGACAUUUCCUCCAUGAAACGUGUAACUAGGAAGUUUCAACGACGGCAAAGAAAUGUAGAAGAAGAAAGUAUGUUGCACGUGCAAAGUCUUUCAGUGCCGUCGCCAUUGCACUGUAUGAUUUUUGAUAAAUACAGUCUACUUUCUUUUCUUUAAACACUAUAACAUUUGACAUUUUAGUUUAUGUACGUAAGAAUGGCUCAAGGUUUGCUUAUUUUUCCCGUAAAUCACCUUGUCCUUCCACUGUAUCAAAUGUUUGGCACAUGUACAGAAUUGAAAAAUUUCUUCACAGUGGUUUCAAGUUUUUAUUUAAUUUUUUUUUUCGUUUGAGUAAAUUAUAACUUUCUUUACGAGAGCUUCUUUUUUUGCCUUGCCUAAAUCUAUAUAUUAGAGUUAUAUUACCUAUCCAAGCCCUAAGAACAAGUGCAGUUUCCUCGAACGGACCAGUUUCUUCAUUCAAUGCUGGUCGUCUACAGUAGAUAGCCGACAAUUUUCGUGCAUCGCCGGAACACUUGCUCAAAAAUAUUUGCUCGGGCGAGUAGAUGUGGCCUAACUUAAACAGUGCUCCAGUACAACUUGUCGCUAAUUAUUGAUUAUUUUCGAGAUCGUUUGUGCUUUUAUAUUAAAUAAAUUCGAGGAAGGGCAUGCACUAUAGAAUUCUUUGAAAAAACUUCACCAAACGUGCAUAUUAUUGACGUCUCAAAGUUUCUAUCAAUGAUUAUCGAUUCGAUGCUGACAAUUUAAUUUCAGAAUAACCAUUACAUAAUUAAUGGAACAUUUUCUCUUUAGUUCCUCUUGGAUCCACUCCUGAGCUUCCAGCUGAAACAUGCAAAGAAAUCAAAGCAAGUGAAGGGGAGGUAGAGAGCAAGAAGUACUGGCUGAGUACCAUUAAACCUGGUUCUACUGUGCUCGCUCAUUGCGAUAUGAAGACUGAAGGUGAACAAAUUAAA